CCUUCAGUCUAAACAUUUUGCAUGCUGUUUUGCUUGAACCUUUUUUGGGUAACAUAUGGUGUCUUACUAUCGUAGUGGAACAGAACUAGUGAAAACUAAACUACUGGUGACUGGACGAGAAAUCAGGAUAGCAGAGAUUUGAUAGUACUGUAUUGUCUGAAGCAGUCAUGACAACACAGGAUUCUGUCUACAUGAAUAGAGCAAGAAACUCUCAAAGCUCAGGGCUUGAAGGCAAAGACAAGAAUGACGGUCCAAGUUCAAAAAUGAUGGAUUUAGUGCUUAUCCAUGUGACCUUUGGAAUAGUUCAUCUUGUCAUCUUUAUGGUCUAUGUCAUAACUGGUUUAUUUCCCAUAUCAUUAUUCCAUGUUCAUUGCUAUAUAGGAAUUGUGUCUUUUGCUUCAGGUGCCUUACUACUGGUCAGAACGAAAAAUGUGGGCACUCCUUUGGCAGAGGUCAUCCUGCUCAUUAACCUUACCGGUGUCGCAUUUUCAGGGCAUUCUGUUCUUUGCAGUGCUGUGUUAAGCAAUAGAGAAAUCACUUGUUUCAGCAACCAUGGAAACAAAUACUGUCCACCAACAUUUUAUAUGAAAGCAUUUUCUUUCAUCACAACUUCCUCAAGUUUCAUCAUUUCACUUAUACUUUUGGUAUUAUUUUACUUUCGUGCAUGGAGGCACAUCACCUCAGAAAAACAAAAUGUAACUGGCUCCAGCAGAUACAGACAAGGAAUAUCAGAAGAUAAACUUGGUGACCAAGACGUAUAUGAGGAAGUAAUCAGAUGAAUGAUUUAUUUUAGGGUCAUAUGGUAAAAACUGUAUGAUUUAUUGUAAGAACUUGAAGGAAAAAAUAGCAACAUCAGGAUCAACCUGGGACAGAAAAAAUGAAGAAAAUGCAUUGUGUGUUAUCCAAAGCUGUAACUAAAGGACAGCUCUGAGAAAUAUACUGUUCCUUAUGGUUAUGUGCCAGCAGCUUUUAAGCAGUGUGUUUAAUGACAAAGGUCACUUCUAAAGAAUGUGCAAAGAUUGUUAAUCUCUGCAA